GCCGCAUCUGACGCGUUGACGUCACGAGUCACAUGAGCUAUCCCUAUGUGAGCAUAGCAGGCGUUUCACGGGGAAAUUCUCGCUUUUAGAACCGAAACCGCUCCCCGAUCUGCAGGAGGUCUAAGAGUCCAACAUGGACGAGGACGGGCUGCCGAUCGUCGGGUCUGGUGUGGAUCUCACCAAGGUUCCCGCUAUUCAACAGAGAAGAGUGGUUGCCUAUCUCAAUCAGUUCGUGGUGCACACGGUCCGGUUCCUUAACCGCUUUUCCACAGUGUGCGAAGAGAAACUGGCCAACAUCUCCCUCCGCAUACAGCAGAUUGAAACCACACUGUGCAUUUUGGAAGCCAAGCUGUCCUCCAUCCCCGGCCUGGAGGACGUCACGAUAGAAGGAAUCGGCCAGCGGCAACCCGCUCAGCCCAACGGAGCCAGCGGUCCCACGGCCGCCAUCCAGACCAACGGUCCGCCGGCCGGGACCCUGCGUCCGCCGGAGCCCGCUCAGACUGUUGCAGAAGCUGCAGCGACGCCAAAAGCAGAAGCCUCGGAAGAGAAUGUGAUGACCGUGGCCAAGGACCCGCGUUACGCCCGAUACCUGAAGAUGGUUCAUGUGGGAGUUCCGGUUAUGGCUAUAAAGAAUAAAAUGGUCCUGGAGGGUUUGGAUCCUAACUUGCUCGACACUCCGGACGCCCCCGUGCCUGACGGAGGAGCGGGCGGCACGGAGGACGCCGACGCCACCAGCUCCGACGGCGAGUCGUCUUUCAGCGACUGAGGCCUUUUCCCGGCGAGCUCCCCCCGCGGCGGCCUGCAGGGAGGCAGCGAGGCAGGGAGGCAGGGAGGCAGGGAGGCAGCGAGGCAGGGAGGCAGGGAGGCAGGGAGGCAGCGAGGCAGGGAGGCAGCGAGGCAGGGAGGCAGGGAGGCAGCGAUGCAGGG